AUAUGAGUUGACAUGAGGAACCCAAGAACUCGGAUCUUCAGCUGCCCUGUUGGACGAGUAUCCAAAGCUUACAAUCAAGCAAGUUAAGCAUGGAAGAAGACUACAGUACCUUGCAACGCCUUUGCUACUCUCUUCUCCUUCCAUGCUUUGUGUUUCUUGCUCUUUCAACCAAGUUCUUGCUCCACAAAAGAAAGCAAGGCAAGAUCAGUAAUCUCCCACCAAGCCCUUUUGCUCUUCCAAUUGUAGGCCAUCUCCAUCUCCUCAAACAACCUAUCCAGCGAACACUCCACUCCCUCUCAGAAAAACACGGUCCCAUAUUCUCUCUCAAACUCGGAUCCCGCCUUGCCGUUGUCAUAUCUUCACCAUCGGCUGUGGAAGAAUGUUUCACCAAGAACGAUAUUGUGUUGGCCAACCGUCCUCCCCUUUUGAUCACCAAGUACUUAAACUACAACAACACCACCAUGGGCUCAGUCGAAUACGGCGACCAUUGGCGCAACCUUCGCCGCAUAAGCGCUCUUGAAAUCUUCUCUCCUGCUCCCCUCACUUCCUUAUUUAGCAUCCGAAGAGAGGAAGUCAUGGCCUUACUGCGUAGACUUCACAGUAGUGUUUCCAAGCAUGGUAACUAUGCUAAGGUAGAGUUGAGAUCCAUGCUCCUGGACCUAACGAGUAAUAUUAUAAUGAGAAUGGUUGCAGGAAAGAGGUAUUAUGGCGUAGAUGUUAAGGAAAUUGAAGAGGCCAGGAUUUUUAGGGAGAUCUUGGAAGAGUUUUUUGCAUAUAUUGCCAUGAUAAAUGUGGGGGAUCUGAUUCCAAUGUUGCAGUGGGUCGAUAUAAUUACAGGCCACUUGAAGAAGUUGGAUAGACUAAGUAAGAAGAUGGAUGUGUUCUUACAGGGACUGGUUGAUGAGCAUCGAGAUGACAGGGACAGAAACACUAUGAUAAACCGGUUUCUCGCUUUGCAAGAAGAACAGCCUGAAUACUACACUGAUGACAUAAUCAAAGGCCAUGUUCUGGAGUUGUUUCUUGCGGGAACAGAGACUUCUGCUACAGCAAUGGAAUGGGCAUUAGCCAAUCUACUCAACCAUCCAGACGUGUUAAAGAAAGCUAAAGCAGAAGUGGACGCUCAAGUUGGGGACCGCUUGAUAGAAGAGUCAGAUUUUGCGAAACUACAUUACCUUCAGAGCAUCAUCUCGGAGAAUCUGCGUUUAUGUCCUGUGGCACCCCUUAUACCACCGCACAUGCCAUCCUCCGACUGUACCAUUGGAGGAUACCAUGUCCCAGCUGGGACCAUAUUAUUGGUAAACGCAUGGUCUCUCCAUAGAGACCCUACACUGUGGGAUGAGCCCACAAGUUUCAAGCCUGAGAGAUUCGAAUCUGCAGGCAGAGUUGCUGCAUCCAAGUUCAUCCCCUUUGGGAUGGGCAGGAGAGCUUGUCCUGGAGAUGGCCUAGCAAACAGAGUGAUGACCUUAACUUUGGGAUCGUUGAUACAGUGCUUUGAGUUGGAAAGGGUUGGUGAAAACAAAAUUGACAUGGCAGAGAAGACAGCAGUAAGCAUGUCAAAACUUGAGCCCUUAGAGCUAAUGUGUAGAGCUCGCCCGAUUCUAGACAUGCUUCUCUCUUUAAGUGGUCAAAUAAUAUAAAAUUGUCAAGAGUGCUGCCCAUAUUAUAUGUAUGUUUUUAUUUUCAAAACAUAAUAAUAAAUUACCCCUUAGGGUUUGAUUUUCUUA